AACCAACUGUGUCAGUCAGACAACGCACACUUGGAUAUACCCAUUGCGUUCGUUUUCACUUCGAAACUACUUUGAAAACUUACCAGAACGUGUAGUUUUUGUAAUUAUUAGUGGUAUUUCUGGCGUGUUCAUGCACGGAGAGCGUAUUUCCAUAGACAAACAUGAGUCUCAUAGAAAUUCAGAAAGAACUGUUUUUAAAGAAGAUUAAUUCUGUUGUUCCAGACAAGUGGAAAACGCUUGUCGUAGACAGACGAACGGCCGCAAUUAUCAAUCACCUGUUCUCUAUUCAUUCAUUACUGGAAAAGAAGAUCACUGCUAUUGAAAUCCUAGAGAAUGUCCGCACUCCAAACUCAUCUUUUGACGUUUUGUACAUAUUAGAAGCACGAGAUGAGCUCAUUGAUUGUAUAUUAAAAGAUGAUAUGCAUCCUAAAAAAUAUCCAGGCAUUUACGUGUCUUUUGUGAACGAGGCAGAACGACGUUUUUUUGACAAACUCCAAAACUCAUCUGUUGCGGAUCGUUUGAAAUGCGUUGACAUCCUUCACUUGAACUUCAUGGCGGUUGAGAAACAGGUUUUUGAGGUUCGUGAUCGCUUCAGCAGCAUGCGUCUUUAUCAUCCGUCUUGCAGUACCUUAGUACGACAAGAACUGUCUGAUACAGCGAAAGAUAUAUUGUCUGUUUGUUUGUCCCUGCGCAUUCUCCCCACCAUUCGUUGCUACUAUCCGAAAGAUGCACGUCAUGACUCCAAGACUAUGUCUUUCCUGCUGGCGCGAAUGCUACAGGAUCAUAUUGUCGAGUAUCUUAGAGAACAUCCUGACUACCUGUAUUCGUCUACGAAGACGGUUUGUUUUAUUGCUGAUAGAUCAUUAGAUACGUUCAGUCCGUUCCUUCAUGAAUUCACAUACCAAGCCAUGGUGCACGACUUACUAAAGUCAAAGAAUGGCAAGUAUGAGUUUACCAUUGAAGGACCUAAUGGCAAGGAAACUUGCGAAGGAUCGCUUUCCGACGAUGACCCCAUCUACUGUUCUAUCCGUCAUCUUCAUAUGCGUGAUGCGAUUGAAAAGCUGAUGGUUGACUUUAAUAAGUUUUGCCAGGAACACACAUUGUUUAUCGACAAGUCGCAUGCAACUUCUCUGAAUGAUAUGAGAACCAUGCUUGCUGAUUUGUCAGAGUUUCAGGAAACUCGUGACGCCUUUUCUCUUCACCUGUCUCUGGCCCAAGAUUGUAUGAGUAUGUUUGAUAAAAAGAAACUGGCUGCGGUGGCAUCUAUUGAACAGGAUCUCGCUACUGGACGUGAUACAGAAGGAAAGACGCCACGUUCCGUUCUCCAAGCCAUGGUUCCCUUACUUGACGAACCGUUCAUGAGUGCGGAAGACAAGACUCGUUUGCUUGCCUUGUACAUUAUGUUCAGAGAUGGAGUCAUUUCUCAGGAUUUUGAUCGAUUAAUUCGACAUGCAAACAUUCCCGGACGCUACGUUACAUUCUUACGCAAUUUGGAACAUCUGGGUGCGCGUAUAAUAAAAAGCAAUCUCUCGGAGAAGAGUUUAAAGCGGAAGCACACAGCUGUUUACACCGAAGCAAAUGAGACUACAUACGAACUCUCAAGAUUUAUUCCACGGCUGAAGCAGGUUGUUCAAGAACUGCUUGAAGACAAAUUGGAUGAAGAUUUGUUCCCUAUUAUUUAUACACCCGAAACUGGUAACGGAAGACUGGGUCGUAACGGUCCUACUACAUUACGCAGUUCAAGACCUUCUUGGACGCGUGCACGCACACAAGUACAUACAACCCAACGGGAUAACUGUUUGGUAUUCAUUGCGGGAGGCCUUACGUACAGUGAGGUGCGUUCUUGUUAUGAACUUUCAGACAGUUUUGAGAAGAAUGUUUAUAUUGGAAGCACGAUGUGUCGUACACCGUGCGAAUGGAUGGAUUUCUUCUCGCGUAUUACAUUACCCAAGGAAGAAGUACGUUUGUUUGAUGAGCAAACCAAGAACAUUCCUUGUUUGCAAGCACCCAUAGCCGAGUCACCAGUUUCAUCACCAUUGGGUUUAGAAGUUAGCAGAAAACCUUUGCCAGCGUCUCGCCCAUUCGACUCUUUAGAAUCAUCUUCAAAACCCAAGACAAAGGAAGAGAAGAAGCGUGAAAAGAAGAAGGAGAAAGAAAGGGAGAAGAAGGAGAAGGAGAAGAGUAAGGGCAAGCACAAGAAACUUGAUUUCUUCUCUAGCAGCAAAGACAAAUCCAAGUCAGAUGGACACAAGAAGAAACACUUUGGGGUAUUUUAAUUAUUCUCCGCUAAUGCAUCGCAAUGCUCUUAACACUGACGAUUUAAUUCACGAGUCCAGUAAACCUGAUACCCAACACAUCUCAUACACAUACUUAUAUAUACAUACAUACAAACAUAAUCUCAUUUAAAAAAUGGAAGAGAAAAAAA